UGUGCUGGGCACAGAAACAGCAGAGAGAGUAAACCAGUAGCCUCUCUAACCGCCUUGCUUGGAAGCUGCUUUCAAGCGACUGAAUGAGAAAGUGAAAGUAAAACUUACUUCCAGAGUGCAGGCAUGUUUCGUUAGGUCACUGGAUUUGCCUGGUUUUAAGAAAACGGGAUUGAUACGUACAAUGAGCGGCGACGAGAUAUUUUAUCUUUUAUGUUAGAGAUAGAAGCAAGACCCUUCUCCUGGGGGGCCUGCCUGGUGUUAGCCUGGGUGCACUUUGGAUCCUGCAGUUCAAUUGCACCCAGAUGGCAGAAAGUGCAGAGUCCUCUGUGUCUGAGGGGGGCCACACCUUCUUGGAGGAUGAGUUGCUGGGCAUUACAAUCCUGAAACUAUCUGGCACAGACGACGCCCCGCUAUAUCACGUCCAUCAGAAGAACGGCGUGCCGAUCUGCGACAACUUUCUGCUGGGAUGCUGCUAUUUGCAGGAGAAGUGCCCUUACCAUCACACCCCGUUCCCCUACCACUGGCAGUGGCGCCGCCAGAAAGACAAAGUGUGGCUUAGUUUCAGUUUCUCAGCUCAGCAUCAUCUGGAGAAGCUCUACUGUAAUCAGGAAGUCCCCACGGCGCAACUGAGGGACAGGAGGGACAACGUGUAUUUCUUAAACUUUAACACCAUGGCUCUCUCACCGAUAAUGCUGUAUGACCAAGUAAGGCGACUGUCCAACAGCAGCAACCCUGAUUGCAGUCCCUACCUCUUUACAGAGUGGAAGGUUUACUACAAUGAAAGUUGCCAUUGGCUGGAAUACGAUGAGCCUAUCGCACAGGAACUCGUCGCUGCUUUCGAGCGGGGCAUGUGGAACCAUGCCUUCCGUGUGCAAGAUCAAAUCUACAAUGUAGACCUCAAACAGUUUAUCCAGCGCAACGUAAAGAUGGGCUUCACCCGUGACAUCACGUUCCGACCCGUCUGGCGCUCAGCUGACAUUACCGUGCGCUGCUUGCGGUCGCUUGCUCCACCCCUGACCACUUUGGCUCUCGCAGGAGAAGAUCCUCUAGAUUUGUUCUGUGGGCCUUAUCCUGCGGCCUGCGUCCCGCCACCUCAAGGGGGCUCUUCUUUCACAAUGGCAGAAGUGACUCUGUCAGAAGUAGCGCAUCAGAUGGUGAGGAAGCUGUUCCAUGCCAAGUUGCCCGAGGAUCAGGCGUUGGUGCUGGCUAUCUACCGCAUACGCAAUGACCAACUCUGGGAUAUGUACAUGAGCCAGAAGAGGCUCAUGUUCCAGGUACGCUCAAAAAAGGAGCAUCCCUCAGUGGAGAGACAUCUCUUUCACGGCACAGCGGCAUCUCGGAUCAAGUCUAUUUGCAUAGGCAACUUUAACCCCGACCUGGCAGGAUCAGUCCAUGGCGCAGUUUUUGGCCGGGGUGUUUACUUUGCUAGGGAUGCCUCCUACUCAAACACCUACGCCUUAGCAGCCAAGAACAAUGUGCGUCACAUGUUCCUGGCCAAAGUGCUGACUGGUCGCUGGUGGAGAGGCCACUCAUGUUUAAGGCAAACUCCCCCCAUUUUGACUCCUGCACAGAUUGUGUCCGUGACCCACACAUUUUUGUCAUCUUCAGAAGCUGCCAGUGCUACCCCUAUUUCCUGAUUCGAUACAAGGAAGUGAAGACACCUGUAGCUGUGGAUAUGUGAGAAGAGCCUCUCCUCUUCUAAAUCUCUUCUGCUCCGAUGGUCUGUACUUUGGGUCAAAAGUACAUGACUCAGUAAAGCUAGCUUUUCCUUUACUGUAUUUACAACGUGCAGCUGAAGCCCUCGUUGGGUGGGUGAGAGAGUAUUUUAAACCCUUGACCUCUGGUGUAUCUUUAAUCAAACAUGCCUCCCCAGCAGAAGAAGAGAAGAAAAAGAGUUUGGAUUUGAUAUCCCGCUUUAUCACUACCCGAAGAGUCUCAAAGCGGCUAACAUU